GAUGAGGGGGUGGCCGCGGGUCUGUGACCUGGCGCUGGGUCCCCAUGGCUGCUCUGUCCCCCUCGCUGGUGGGUGCGGUGCUGGCGCACUCGGGCCGGCUGGAGAAGGAGGAUCUGAGCUCCCGGAUCGCCCGGCUCUCCCGCCGCGUGGGGGAGCUGAGGGGAGAAGUCUGCAACAUGAUUAACAAGAAGUAUAACGAGUUCCUCCCGAGCAUGCAGAGCGCUGAGGACUUGGUGACACAAGUGGACAGUCUGUCCGGCAACAUCGACCUACUGAAAUCCAGGAUCGAAAAUGAGGUCCGGCAAGAUCUGAACGUGGCCAUUGCGGAAUUUACUGAACUGAAGCAGCAGCUGGAGCGAGACUCGUUAGUUCUGAGUGUGCUGAAACAGCUACAAGAGUUUGAUAGGGCUAUUAAAGACUAUAGCACCGCAUUACUGGAAAAGAAGUAUGUGGCAGCAGCUCGCCAUCUGGAAAAGGCACGAAGUAGUUUGAAAAUGCUAGAAUCCCGCAAAGGCUUUGAGCUGAAGGUUCUGAAGGCACUAGGCACGGGGCUGACGGUGCAGACCCAGAACAUGCUCUAUCACCUGGGAGAAGAGUGGCGGCAAAUGGUUUUGUGGAAGCUUCCUCCGUCAAAAGAAAUCAGCAGUGCAGAGACAGUGAUGCAGAUGGAGUUGCACUUAUGCACCAUGCCAUUGAAGGAAGAUGAGCUCUCUGGACCACCUGUUGCUUCUGUGCUCCAGGCAUUUGCUGUGCUAGGAGAACUGCACACCAGGCUUAAACUUUUUGGCCAGUUACUGCUGAAGUACAUCCUCAAGCCACUGAUCUCUUAUCCCUCCCUUCGUCCCCUGCUGGAGGAGCAGCCUGACACCGUCGUCUUGCCCUUUGAGUCUGCGGAGCCUAAUCUGGAGCAUCCAUCCCCAGUGGAGGUUUUUGGCAAGAUCACGCUGGUGCUUGAAGUUCUUCACAAACACUUGUUGAAUGUCUCUCUCGAUGUGUGUGGGGAAAACGAGAAGGACUCCAGAGUGGUAUUGGCAGAGAUGCUGGGUGACAUGGUCUGGGAGGAGAUAUCUGGCUGCCUCAUUCAGGAAUGUCUGGUGUACUCGAUUCCAGCAAACAGCAGCAAACUAGAGCAAUACGUCGAGGUGAUUAAAUCCACUGAGGACUUUGAAAAACGCUUGAAGAACAUGGGGUUUUUAAAAGGAGAUGCCACGGACUUACUGAAAUACGCCCGCAAUGUCAAUUCCCACUUUGCUAACAAAAAAUGCCAGGACGUGAUCGUGGCAGCCAGAAAGUUGAUGACCUCAGAAAUACACAACACUGUAAAGAUCACACCUGAUUCCUCGGUAGCGGUACCAAAACUGCCUGACCCUGGGGCAGGUGAUCAUUUAAAAAUGCAAAAAGCCUCCAAAAUGCUGCACAACGAGCUGAUAAAUUUGGAGAAUGAGACCAGACUGAGCCAGCACACAUUCUCUCUGCCUACCUGCCACAUCAGUGUGUCUGUGGAGAAAUUGAUGGAGUUGGCUUAUCAGACCCUGUUGGAGGCUACAGCCAGCACAGAUCAGUGUUGUAUCCAGCUCUUUUACUCAGUGCGAAAUAUCUUCCAUUUGUUCUAUGACGUCGUGCCAAUUUAUCACAAAGAGAACCUUCAGAAACUGCCCCAGCUCGCUGCCAUUCAUCACAACAACUGUAUGUACAUUGCCCACCACUUGCUGACCCUGGGGCAUCAGUUCCGGUACCGCCUUACCAACAUACUGUAUGAUGGAGCAGCUACUUUCGUAGAUCUGGUACCUGGCUUUAGGAGACUCGGGAUGGAGUGUUUUCUGGCCCAGAUGCGUGUGCAGAAAGGAGAGCUGCUGGAGAGAUUAUCAAGUGCAAGGAACUUUUCCAACAUGGACAAUGAGGAAAACUGUUCUGCAGCCAACAAAGCAGCAAGGCAGGUUCUGCACCAGCUGAAGAGACUUGGCAAAGUAUGGCAAGAUGUGCUUCCGGUCAACAUCUACUGCAAGGCCAUGGGGACCUUACUGAACACAGCACUCAGCGAGAUCAUUAAUAGAAUCACUGCCCUCGAGGAUAUCUCUGCUGAGGACGCUGACAGAUUGCACUCCCUGUGCAGGAUCAUGCUGGAAGAAGGACCUUUGGUGUUCACUCCAUUACUGGAAGAGAACAAAAAUAAGAAAUACCAGGAGGAGGUUCCAGUCUAUGUGCAGAAAUGGAUGAUGUUCAAAGAGCUGAUGAUUAUCCUGCAGGCCAAUCUCCAAGAAAUAGUAGAUCGAUGGGCGGACGGCAAAGGGCCCCUUGCAGCUGAAUUCUCCCCCACUGAGGUAAAGAGUUUAAUCCGAGCCUUGUUCCAGAACACAGAGAGGAGAGCAGCGGCCCUUGCGAAAAUUAAAUAGCCUUGCGUUUACUCCUGUGCAAUAGACCUUUUCCUGGGAAAGCAACAGUAAAUCUGGCAUCAAACUCU